UUUCAGAUUUUGCUUAGAGGAUUCUGCAGCAAUUCUUGGUAUUGGACAUAUUCAAAAUCUCCUCAACUUAUGUCUUCCCCAUCCAUUGCCUUCCAGCUUUAACUCAGUUGUGCUCCCUUCAAACAUUUUACAUGAUUUGCAAUGGUUACAUGAACUUUGGGGAAGUGAUAUUUGCAACAUCUCAUACUUUGUUCACUAUGGCACUUUAGGAAACGAAAUUGGGAACAAGCUACCAAAAUAUUAUUUUAGAAAAUGAAUCUUAUUGUGAAACUUCGGAGAAGUUUUCGAACAUUGAUUGUUCUCUUAGCUACCUUUUGCUUGGUGAGCAUUGUCAUUUCUGCCUAUUUUCUCUACUCUGGCUACAAACAGGAAAUGACACUUAUUGAAACCACUGCAGAAGCAGAAUGUGCUGACAUCAAAAUUCUACCCUAUCGGUCAAUGGAGGUGAAAACAGUUAAACCUAUUGAUACAUCCAAAUCAGACCCAACUGUUCUUCUCUUUGUGGAGAGCCAAUACUCUCAACUCGGUCAAGAUAUCAUAGCUAUUUUGGAGUCCAGCCGAUUUCAGUACCACAUGGUUAUUGCCCCUGGAAAGGGAGAUAUACCUCCUCUUACAGAUAAUGGCAAAGGGAAAUAUACUUUAGUUAUUUAUGAAAAUAUUCUGAAGUAUGUCAGCAUGGACUCAUGGAAUCGAGAGCUUUUAGAAAAAUACUGUGUGGAAUACAGUGUUAGUAUAAUCGGUUUUCAUAAAGCCAAUGAGAACAGCUUACCAAGUACACAAUUAAAAGGCUUUCCGUUAAAUCUUUUCAAUAAUCUAGCUCUAAAGGACUGUUUUGUUAACCCUCAAUCUCCUUUGCUGCAUAUUACCAAAGCCCCCAAGGUUGAGAAAGGCCCUCUUCCUGGGGAAGACUGGACUAUUUUUCAAUAUAAUCAUUCAACCUACCAGCCUGUACUUUUAACUGAAUUACAGACAGAAAAAUCCCUUUCAUCUUUGACUAGCAAAACACUCUUUGCAACGGUGAUUCAGGAUCUGGGUCUUCAUGAUGGAAUUCAGCGAGUACUUUUUGGCAACAACUUAAACUUUUGGCUACACAAGCUCAUCUUCAUAGAUGCCAUCUCCUUCUUGUCAGGGAAGAGGCUGACAUUGUCCUUGGACAGGUACAUCCUUGUGGACAUUGAUGAUAUAUUUGUUGGGAAAGAGGGAACAAGGAUGAAUGUCAGAGAUGUGAAGGCAUUACUAGAGACUCAAAAUUUACUGCGCACUCAGGUUGCAAAUUUUACCUUCAACCUUGGAUUUUCAGGGAAGUUUUACCACACAGGGACUGAAGAGGAAGAUGAAGGGGAUGACCUUUUACUUCGGUCUGUGGAUGAGUUCUGGUGGUUUCCUCACAUGUGGAGCCACAUGCAACCCCACCUCUUCCACAAUGAGUCAUCUUUAGUAGAACAGAUGAUUCUCAACAAGGAAUUUGCACUGGAACAUGGAAUACCAAUCAACAUGGGCUAUGCUGUGGCCCCACAUCACUCAGGGGUCUACCCGGUUCACAUUCAGUUGUAUGCAGCUUGGAAGAAGGUCUGGGGUAUUCAAGUUACCAGCACUGAAGAAUAUCCACAUCUGAAACCUGCCCGGUACAGAAAGGGCUUCAUUCACAAUAGCAUCAUGGUCCUCCCUCGACAGACUUGUGGGUUGUUCACUCACACUAUUUUCUACAAAGAAUAUCCAGGAGGACCCCAAGAACUGGAUAAAAGUAUCAGAGGAGGUGAACUUUUUCUCACAAUACUUCUAAACCCAAUCAGCAUUUUCAUGACCCAUUUGUCAAACUAUGGAAAUGACCGCCUAGGGUUAUAUACCUUUGUGAACUUGGCCAACUUUGUGCAGAGCUGGACCAACCUGAAAUUGCAAACUCUGCCUCCAGUGCAACUGGCCCACAAGUACUUCGAGCUCUUUCCUGAACAGAAAGACCCUCUAUGGCAGAAUCCAUGUGAUGAUAAACGACACAAAGACAUCUGGUCCAGAGAGAAAACUUGUGACCACUUACCAAAAUUUCUAGUAAUUGGUCCACAAAAAACAGGAACAACUGCACUUUAUUUAUUUCUUCUUAUGCAUCCUUCAAUCAUCAGCAAUCUCCCUAGUCCAAAGACAUUUGAAGAAGUUCAGUUCUUUAAUGGCAACAACUAUCACAAGGGAAUAGACUGGUAUAUGGACUUUUUCCCUACACCAUCCAAUGCCACAAGUGACUUUCUGUUUGAAAAGAGUGCUAAUUACUUCCAUUCAGAAGAAGCUCCCAAAAGAGCUGCAUCUCUCAUUCCCAAAGCCAAGAUCAUCACCAUCCUCAUUGACCCCUCAGACAGGGCAUACUCUUGGUACCAGCACCAACGAUCACAUGAAGAUCCAGCUGCCCUGAGGUUCAAUUUCUAUGAAGUUAUCACAACAGGACAUUGGGCCCCAUCUGACUUAAAAACUUUGCAGAGAAGAUGCCUAGUACCUGGAUGGUAUGCAGUCCACAUAGAAAGAUGGCUAACUUACUUUGCUACUUCUCAGUUGCUAAUUAUUGAUGGACAGCAGCUGAGAUCUGACCCAGCUACUGUGAUGGAUGAAGUUCAGAAGUUUCUGGGAGUUACACCUCAUUAUAAUUAUUCUGAAGCACUAACGUUUGAUCCCCAAAAGGGUUUUUGGUGUCAACUACUGGAAGGAGGAAAGACAAAAUGCCUUGGAAAAGGAAAAGGCCGAAAAUAUCCACCUAUGGAUCCAGAGUCUAGAAGUUUCCUCUCUAAUUACUACCGAGAUCAUAACGUGGAACUAUCCAAACUGCUACACAGACUGGGACAGCCUCUGCCAUCAUGGCUGAGACAGGAGCUGCAGAAAGUGAGAUAGCACUGGAGACAAGAACCAAACCUCUCAAGAUACUUUUAGUGUUAAAAAAACAAAAA